UUCAACAAAUUAAUGGAUGAUUUUAACAAUUUUACAUAUUUAACACUGGAGGGACAUGUUGAAAUAGAGCACUACAGAUACAUUUAUUUUACACUUUGUCUUACUGUAUAUAUAAUGAUUAUCUGUUUUAAUACUCUUGUCAUUUUCAUAAUAUUUAGAAAGAAACAUCUCCAUGAACCCAUGUACAUUUUCAUUGCUGCUUUGCUUUGUAAUGCUCUCUUGGGGUCGACUGCUUUUUAUCCUAAACUGCUCAUUGACUUACUGUCUGAAAAACAAAUUGUGUCUUAUAAAGAGUGUUUAUUCCAAGCAUUUUGUUUGUACACAUAUGGUGCAUCAGAGUUUACACUGUUAUCAGCUAUGGCAUAUGACAGAUUUGUGUCCAUCUGUAAACCAUUACAUUAUGCAACUCUUGUAAAAAUGUCCACUGUCAGAAAGAUAUUAUUUUUAUCAUGGUUUUUACCGUGCUGUGAGAUGGGUGUUGGUAUUACUUUAACAUCCCAACUUCAGCUGUGUAAAUUUAAAUUCAACAGAAUAUACUGUGAUAAUUACUCCAUUGUUAAACUCAGCUGUAAAGGAACAUCUCUUAGUAAUAUAUAUGGAUUGUUGGUUUUUAUAACUUCAGUGUUUCCUCCAGUGAUCUUCAUGAUUUUCUCAUAUAUCAGGAUACUCUGUGUGUGUUUAAAAGAUUCUAAAGAUUUCAGAAGAAAAGCUCUACAGACCUGUUUGCCGCAUCUUAUUAUUUUUAUCAAUUUUUCUAUAAACAUUUGUUUUGAAAUUAUAAAUAACAGGAUAGAAUCAAAACAAAUUCCUCACAUUAUUACCAUAAUCCUGUCAGUAGAAUAUCUAAUUAUACCUCCUCUCUUUAAUCCAAUAAUUUAUGGAUUUAAAAUGCAAGAGAUAUACAUUGAUAUCAAGAAAAUUUUUAGAUUACAUUUCAAACAAGCACAAGUUUCUUUUUAA